AGCAAAAAAUUCGCGGGAGGUAGAGCCAUGCGGAGCCAAGGAAUCCAAACUAAGUGAGCUUCAAAAAAUGUCAUAUCUUUACCGAAAGAUUGCUUCAAAUCCGCUAUGUAGCGUAUCUAGAGUCUUGAGAGGGUACCCUAUAGUAUUUGUACCAAGUCGAUUGUGUGCAAAUAGUAAUGUUCCACCGUUAGACCAGCCAAUUGUUAAACUUCCUCCUCCUCCUCCUGGAGUCGUAGAACAUGUCAAAUGGACCAGGGAUCAUCAUGAAACACAAGUAACUACCUUAGAAAAUGGCAUUAGAGUCGCUUCUGAAGAGUCGUUUGGGCAGUUUUCUACUGUAGGAGUUGUUAUUGAUGCAGGAUCUAGAUAUGAAGUGGACUGUCCUGCAGGCAUAACACAUGUCCUAGAAAAACUGGCAUUUCAGAGUACUGCAAGGUUUCCCAACCAAGAUGAUAUACUACAAAUUCUUGAACCUGUAGGUGGAAUGGCUGAUUGUACCUCAUUCAGAGAUGCAAUUGUUUAUGGAACUUCAACAUUCACAAGUGGCGUUCCAAUGGCCAUGGAAGUCUUGUCAGAAGGCAUUUUGUAUCCUAAUAUUAGUGAACAGGAGGUUGAGGAACAGAAAAUGACUGUACAAUUUGAAUUAGAGAACCUAGAGUUCAAGCUUGAUCCGGAACCUCUCCUCACUGAUAUGAUCCAUGCUGCAGCAUACAGAGACAACACACUUGGUCUUCCAAAGCUCUGCCCUCCAGACAGCCUCGGAAAAAUAAACGUAAAAGAGAUCAUUCAAUUUUUACAAAGAUAUUACCUGCCAUCCAGGAUGGUUGUGACUGGAGUGAACGUUGACCAUGAGCAACUUAUUGAUUUGACGAGACAGUACUUUGUGAACAAAAAGCCAACAUGGAUGGCAGAUGAAGAUGUGGUUAUCAAACCGCCAGAUAAAUCUAUAGCCCAAUAUACCGGUGGAAUAAUCAAGGAGCACCUAAAUGAACCACGAAUAAACCCAGGGCCUUCACCCCUGCCAGAGUUGGCCCACAUUUCAAUAGGCCUUGAAAGCUGUCCUUAUGUAGAUGAAGACUUCUUUGCCUUUACCGUGCUGAACACACUCAUGGGUGGGGGAGGGUCAUUCUCUGCUGGAGGGCCUGGCAAGGGAAUGUACUCAAGGCUUUACCUCAAUGUCUUGAAUCGAUACCACUGGAUUUACUCGGCAACAGCAUUUCAUCAUAGUUAUGCCGAUAGUGGAAUGUUCUGUAUUCAUGCCAGUACACAUCCAAGCAGGGUUCAUGACCUUGCACAAGUCAUAAUAAGAGAGUAUUUCUCCCUGGCCAGUGGACUGAUCAGCGAGAGUGAAGUUGCUAGAGCCAAGAAACAGCUACAAUCAAUGCUGAUGAUGAACCUGGAAUCAAGAAUCAUAGUAUUUGAAGAUAUAGGAAGGCAAGUACUGGGUCUUGGAGAGAGACGAACUGCAAAAGAUCUCUAUGACUGUAUCGAGGCCGUCACAAUAGAUGACAUCAAACGCGUGAGUUCCCGGAUGUUAAGUACCAAUCCCUCAGUGGCUGCAUUUGGUAACCUGUCAAUGUUGCCUAAAUUCGAGAGUUUCCAACAAGCAUUUGCCAACAAGGGAGUAUUUCCUGGGAAGUCACUCUUCUUUAAUUUUCGAAGGGUUUGAAAAAUCAAAAAAGAUGUGAAGCCAGAAGAAAGAAAGUUCUAAAAUCUUUCUAUCAGGACAGUUUAUUUUAUUCACCAAACCUGCUCUGGAUGGAUAAAGAAUGAAGUUCACUGAAAGUACGGGACCGUUUACAUGAUACCUGAGUGCGGAACGAGUUCAUCCCGGUUGCUAUAUUUCUUUGUGUUUGUUUACAUGAUACCCAGGCAAAAUUUCAUUCCUGAACGAGUCAUUUCGGAACGAGUUUAUCCCCAUUUUCAUUCCGGAACGAUAUUCCAUACCAGACUAGAACUGCUCUCUGCGGGGGAGACUGAAACGAAUAACGCAUGCGUAUCGGACCUUUUCAUGCUUGAACUCGUUCUGUGAAUUUUUCUCAUGUAAACGCGGUAUGACAUUGUAUUCUCGUCCAGGAACGAAUUCUUUUCAGUAUCAUGUAAAUGGCCCCUAAAAGUGAAGCGUUUGGCAAGCAAUUGGAAAGUGCGAGUCAAUGGACUACUUGGACGAUACGGUGAGCAUCUUACCAGGGGGCAAAACCGCAAAACAAAAAUGACAGAAAAUAUAUAUAGUUUCGUGUGUUUGUCUUUCUUUUAUGGGUAAAGGUGAUCGAUGUGCCGUUUUAAUUCAUCUUUUGUUGUAUUCUCUUGUGGUGAGCUGUUAACAUCAAUCGACGUCAUUACUGUAACAAAGCUUUGUUUGCACCUGGACGCCCCAUAAUGCAUCAUGAUCCAAGAUGGCCGCCGUAUCGUUGAAGUAGUCCAUUAUGCCAGUAGAAAGUAAAUCACCUUCUUUUUUCCUGUCAGUUAUUUAUAGUAAGAUGUUUUCUUGCUGCAAACCUUUUGAAAGUACUUACUCGCUGUGAAUACGAAAAUGAAUUUUGGAUGACAAAACUAGCCGAGAAUGUUUUUCGGUGCACCGUCAAACCUCUAUUAUAUUAAGGGCACAAUCUUCACCAAUAGUUCAGCUAUCUGUGAGAUCCCUAAAUUUAUUCAGAAGACACCUCUAUUAAGCAGACACCAGACAAGGUUCCGAAGGUGUCCGCUUAAUACAGGUAUCUCUGUAGUUCUCUCACAAGUCAUAAGCAAUUUUUGCAAAUGAUUUCAGUUACACACCCUUCACUAAACGUUCGGCGAGAUCUGCGAGGUCCCUAAAUUUAUUCAGAAGACACCUCUAUUAAGCAGACACCCGAGGCAAGGUCCUGAAGGUGUCCGCUUAAUACAGGUACCUCUGUAUUCCUCUCACAAGUCAUAAGCAAUUUUUGCAAAUGAUUUCAGUUACACACCCUUCACUGCGAGAUCCCUAAAUUUAUUUAAAAGACACCUCUAUUAAGCAGACACCAGGUAAGGUCCCGAAGGUGUCCGCUUAAUACAUAGUUUUUUCACAAGUCAUAAGCAAUUUUUGCAUGUGAUCUUAGUUAAAUUUCAAACCCUGAACAUCUCUCUUUUUUUAAUAUAUGAAAUGAUUUGUGUACAUUUUCAGGAUAUGUAUGUCGGCUCAAAGGUCUAUUUAAAAAAACAUUCAUUAACUGGACCUUAGGGAAUGUAAUAUACAUGAGUAGAAAUAAGAAUAAAAAGUUAAAAACUGAGAUACGAAAAUAAAGACACAUUGCGAGAACCAGAAAUUUAAGGCUUCAAUAAUCAUUUUAUUAUUUAACAAAAAAAAUUUCCAAAUUUGCCCUAAUCAAGAUUUAGUAGAAAAAUUCCUAUUUUGUAAUAUUUUUUUCUUAAAUAAAAACCAUAAGGCGCUGCAAUGGUAAAAUGACCUACCUAAAACUUGUACAAAUCGGGAAAAAUGUAUUCAUAAAGCGACUCAUUCAAGGAUUUUGAUUUAGCGAGUUG